CAUUCAAGUCCUUCUGCCUGUGAGUGUGGUGGAAGCACGGCAUAUCCUCAAGAUGCAGGUGUGAUUGGUCAACAUAAAGUCGCCUGAGAAAACAGCCCAGAGCAGGAGGAGGAAGAGGACAGUAUGGCUGCUUCUCAGGGGCAGUUGACCUUCAGCGAUGUGGCCAUAGAAUUCUCUCAGGAGGAGUGGGCGUGCCUGGACCCAGCUCAGCGGGAACUGUACAGGGACGUGAUGUUGCAGAACUACAGGAACCUGGUGUUCCUGGGUGUGUCUAAACCAGACCUACUCACCUUUUUGGAGCACAUGAAGGAGCCCUGGGAGUUGAAGGGAAAAAAGACAAUACCCAUCCAGCCAGGUAGGUGGGAAUCAAGGAAACAGCUGAACCAGAGGGACAGAUCCUCUCCAACACUUACUCACCAAUAUCAUCUAAGGAUUCUUUUUCUGCUUCCAUCACAUUUGCAGUGAGAGCCAAAGUCUUCUUGUAACAGUGUAAGGGUGGCAUGACCUGGCUACUAUUGGAUUUCUUGGUGAACUUGGGGAAGUCUGUACAUGUUGCUGAUGAAUUUUAUGUUAAACUAGUUUUAAAGUUCUGUUUUCUGCCCCAUGUAAGUAAUUUGGGAGGGAAGUGGUUGAGAUACUGGAAUUUGGUUCCCACAUCCCAGGAACACUGUGGGUCAGUGUCCAAGUUGUCUUAUUCUUCCUUUUGCUUGAUGAAGUCUUUUUCUGAUGUUUCUAUUGUAUAUUUCAAUUCAGGCACUAACUAUUCUUCAGCUCCCUAUAUCUGUUUGGUUCUUUCUUAUACUUUCUGUCUGCUUGCAUUUUUAUUAUUGUCAUGCCUAAUUUUGAUGGCAAUAAUUAGUUCUGUAUGUUUUUCCAAUUGAGCCCUUUUAAGGUGUUCUUUUUUCUCUCAUAUCUUUGUCAGGUAAUUAACAUAUGUUCAUUAUCUUAGGGCCAACUUACGGAGAUUUAUUUUGUUCCUCUGGUUGGAUUGUUUCUCUGGUUCUUCAUUUCUGUUUCUUGUGAUCUUUUGUUGUGAUCCCAUUCUUUAUAAACUUGCUUUGUAUAGGAGAACAAAAAUAACUAUCAGCUGUGGUAGGUUUUUAAAGGCCUGUCACACCUAUUCUGGAAAGUGUAAUUGGUGUGUGGGUGUGUAUGUGUGUGUGUUUAACUCACUUUUAAAAAUUUUCUAUUGUAGUUGCCAAUAUAAUAUUAGUUUCAGGUGUACGCCCCAAUAAUUAGACAUUACAUAGUUUCUGUGCUGGAGCCACUUAGCCAGAGUUAUGGGGGGGUACACUGGGGCCAGAUCCUGCUUGUUUGAGACAUUGUUGUAAAGACUGAAGCAUAAGACAAUUUAGGCUGUUUGUAUGGAAUAGCCACUGGAAACAGCUUUGGUGGUCCCACAUGUUGAUGGGGUGAGGUGUCAGGAAAUCUUCAGGGUGUGGUGAAAAGUGUGAGCCAAAUUGAUGGAGACUCAGCUGUGGCUCCUGUUUGCCAGCUAUGUGGGUGAAAGGCUCAGAAAAGAAACAAUGGCUUCUACCAAGACUUAUGCCUGGGAGAAAGCUCCUUCUACAGCCCUCAUCCUUCAGGUCCAACCUGUAUGUCCCUGGUACCAUUCAGGCUGCUGCCACAGCACUGGAGCUCACAGGGCAUGAAUCUGAAUAAGUCAGAGCAUGAGCCCUUUAAGAGGAAUUGCCUAGGACUCCAUCAGCUCUCCAUCUCAUUCAACCACAAUCCUUGCUAGUUUUUACAGCCAGAGUAAUGGGAACAUCUCUUCUUGGCAUUGGAACCCGGGGCUAGAGGGCCUUCUGUGGGCUGUGACCCUUCACUCCUCAGAUGCAACCUCUGAAGCCGAUAUGCCACUGGUGAUUUUUAUCCACCAUGUGAGCCCAGUCCAUUCUGUGACAUUGCACCUCCUACCAGUCUGGAUAAGCCUUCUUUAUGUCCUUAGUUUUACAACUUCAUUCAGUUAGGUUUCAGUCAGUUCUGAGAGAUGGUUUUCCUGUAGUCCAGUUGUAUUUUUUUUUAUGUGGUUGUGGGAGGUUGCCAGUGCCACAGUUACCUACACCUCCAUCGAGACCAGAAGCCUGCGUGUGUGAGUUUUGUGUAACUUUCCAGUUUAAAACAUAUUUUGCUUUUAUUUAGAGCCCAUGAUAUUUUCCCAUUCCUGUGUCAGAAAGAGUGAGCAGGUAUUUUGGGCAAAUGUACAUUAUUUGUUUCCGUCUUUGAUAUGACUUUUUUAUUUUGUGCUUUCUGGUGGGUAUUGUGGUCUUUGAACUGGCUUCUGAAGUACUUUAGAAGGUAAUUAGAUCAGUAAUUGUUGGUAAGUUAACAUUUCCAUGGAGGAAGAAAGUUUUUGUGCUUCCUGUUCUUCUAUCUCACUGAAGUCUUCUUACAGGUAUUAAUUCUGUACAUUAAAAUUUAAAGAAUAUUUA